UCUGUCUCUUAAGGAUUUAAUUUGGUUUGAUGGGCUAAAUAGCCAUAAAUGUGAAACUGAAAAGAGGGAAAUGGGAGGUUCUAAAGUCCUUGUCUGCCUUUCUAUAUCUAUCUUUCUCAGUCUCCCAGCAAUGAAUGGCGUAAAAUUUGGGAGAUUUUGAUUUGGAUUUCGCCAUUCGGGAUUCUGGAUUGUCCAUUGAGAGUGGAUUCUAAGCAAAGUCUCGUCUCAGAUUAUAUUCAAAGAAAAAAAAGUUACCUCGGUUCUUGUUCAUCCAACAGUUCGACAACAACAGCAACAACAACAACCAAAAAGUUAUGGAUUAAACCAAGCACCGAAUUGAGUUGAAUUGGAUUGUGCUCUGUGUUGGAGUUGAAGAUGGAUAGAAGGAGUUGGCUAUGGAGAAGAAAGUCGACAGAGAAGAGUCCAGGCGAAACUGAUAGUUCAGGAGGUUCCAUUUCAUCUUUUUCUGAAAGAUUCUCUGAUGAGCAGGCUAGCGCCACCAUUAGUUCUCAAUCACUGGAAGUUACAUCAAAAGCUGUACCUGUUGAUGAAGAAAAUAACAAUGUGAGAUCUCUAACAGAGAAAUUAUCUGCUGCUCUUAUGAACAUCAGUGCCAAAGAAGAGUUGGUUAAGCAGCAUGCUAAAGUUGCAGAAGAAGCUGUCUCAGGCUGGGAGAAAGCUGAAAAGGAUGUAGUAGCUUUGAAGCAACAGCUUGAUGCUGCUAUGAAGAAAAAUGCAGCACUUGAAGAUCGAGUUGGUCAUCUGGAUGGGGCACUCAAGGAAUGCGUUAGACAACUUAGGCAAGCAAGGGAAGAGCAAGAGCGGAAAAUCCAUGAAGCUGUUUCCAAGAAAUGUCAUGAGUGGGAAUCUUCCAAGUCUGAGCUUGAGAGUCAGCUUCUGAAUCUCAAGGCCCAACUUGAAACCGCCAAAAAUGACACUGCUGCCUCAGUUGAUCCUGACCUUCAACUGAAGCUUGAUGCAUUUGAGAAAGAAAAUUCAGCCCUUAAACUUCAGCUCCAUUCUCGAGCUGAGGAGCUAGAACGUAGGAUUAUUGAGAGGGACCUGAGCACUCAAGCCGCUGAAACUGCCAGCAAACAGCAUUUGGAGAGCAUAAAGAAGUUGGCUAAGCUUGAAAUCGAGUGCCGCAGGCUAAAAGCCAUUGCUCGUAAAGCAUCCCCUGCUAAUGAUCAGAAGUCUUACCCUGCCUCCUCAAUUUGUGUUGAAUCUUUUACAGAUAGCCAAUCAGACAGUGGGGAGAGGCUACUUGCUGUUGAAACAGAUAUGCAAAAGAUGAACGGGUUGGAGAUGAAUGGAUGUGAUAGAAGCAGCUCAGAUGCAUGGGCAUCUGCACUCAUUACAGAACUCGAUCAAUUUAGGAAGGAGAAGGCCGUUGGAAGAAACAUCAUGGCCCCUUCAGUCGAAAUCAAUCUCAUGGAUGAUUUUCUUGAAAUGGAAAGGCUUGCAGCUUUGCCGGAUACAGAAAGUGGAAGUGGUUUUAAUGAUGCCGGUCCGGUAUCUUAUCAAACCAGUAUAGUUGAAAACCCAUUGAAGGCUGAUCUUGAAACCUUAGUCCACCGGGUUGCUGAACUAGAGGAGAAGUUAGCACUGACCGAAGAAGAAAAGUCGGAAAUGCAGAUAGCUUUUACUGAAUCUCAAAAACAACUUAAAACAUUGCAGAAUCAACUAAGUGAAGCUGAGAUAAGGUUCAAAGAUGUGCAAACUCAAUUAGCUCUUGCUGACAACUCAAAGCAAGCUGCAGAGAAAGAAGUAAAAGUCGCCAACAUGAAUCGAGAAGUGGCAGAAUCAAGACUUAGAGAUGCUGAAACUGAAAUAAAGACUUUAAUGUCGAAAGUUACUUCGUUAGAAGAAGCACUCGGAAAGGAACAAGCAUUGUCUACUGAAAACAUGAACAAGUGCAAAGAAUUGGAGAACGAACUUUCUAAAAUGAAAUGUGAAACCAAGCUCCGACAGGAGGCUGAGCUCCAACAUGCAGCAAAAUAUAAUGAAGAGUUGAAGGUGCAGCAGGACAAGGAGCUAUCAAUUGCAGCCUGUAAAUUCGCAGAGUGCCAGAAGACGAUUGCUUCACUGGGGCAGCAGUUGAAAUCACUUGCGACACUGGAAGAUUUUUUGAUAGACUCUGAUAAGCCAUUGGAGCUUGUAGAUGGAGGAUUAAAAUGUACUGGAAACAGUGAGAAACAACCAAAACUGGGUGUUACUGGCAUGGAAUUUCCGAGAAGAGGCUCUCCUGAGUUUUCUAAAAUAGUAGGUGAGUAUACUAAAUCUUUAGAGAAUCAGAAUAGCAAUGCUAUUAUCAAGGAAUCUACAUUACCGGUUAAACCUGUUAUCCUCUCUAGCAGAACUCGAACCGGUUUCGGGAAUAUUUUCCCUCGCAGUAGGAGUGGGAAACCGAUUUGAAUAUCUGUUGUCACUCAUAUUUGGUUUUAGACCCAAAUCGUUAGCUUGUGAAGCAACAGGUAUAUAUAAAAAUACUCAAGACGAAAAGUAAUUACGAAAAAUAAUUACUCAAAGAAAAUUAGUAUACAAAUAUAGCAUUUCUUUUUCCAUGUUUUCACUUUCCCUUAUAUUUAUAAGAUUGUUAGUAUUGUUUUAUUUUACUUAAUUAUCUUAUAAUGAUAAAAUAAUAUACUUCGAAUUUUAUUUCCA